CUUGCUACUCACAAUGGGCGGCAGCAUGUCACUCGGGGCGCUAGCAACAUUACUCUUGUUCUUUCUAUCCACUAAAGCCAGCGAGGAAAAUUCACGAAAGCCAUAUAUUGUCCAUAUGUUGAAGUCCAUGAAACCCCAGUACUUCAGUUUGCAUGAGCACUGGUAUCAUUCAAUUCUCACCCAUGCAACUUCUAAUGCCUCCACAUCAAAUCCGAGCCUCCUGUUAUAUACAUAUGAGGUAGUCCUUCAUGGCUUUGCGGCCAAGCUGACCAGUGCGGAGGCUGCAGCUUUAGAGAGCGUGGAUGGCUGCCUGGCUGUGACUCCAUCCUCUCUCAACAAGCUUCAUACCACACACUCACCUCAGUUUCUCGGCCUCACCGAUGACAGAGGAAUGUGGUCGCAGCAGUUAAGUCGGGGAGAAGAUGUGAUAGUGGGCAUGGUGGACACGGGAAUAUGGCCUGAGAGCGAAAGCUUCAAUGACAAGGAGCUGGGACCUGUACCCUCCAGAUGGAAGGGAGAAUGUGAAAGCGGGGAGCAAUUCAAUUCCUCCAUGUGCAAUAGAAAACUAAUCGGAGCUCGAUUUAAUUUUUCCGUGGGCUAUAAAUCGCAUGUAGGCGAGGAUUUCAUAUCAGCAAGAGAUGGCGACGGCCACGGCACACAUACUGCUUCUAUUGCUGCGGGAUCUGCUGUAAGGGGAGCGAGCUUUAAUGGCUUUGGCAAAGGAACGGCUAUGGGCAUGGCUCCUGCUUCCAGACUGGCCGUGUAUAAAGCCUGCUGGGGACUGGAAGGCAGUUGUGAUGAAAGCGACGUAGCUGCUGCCAUGGAAAAAGCCAUCCAGGACGGCGUCGAUGUCAUUUCUUUGUCAAUUGGUGGUUCGUUCGACAAUCCGUUCUACAUGGAUCACGAAGCCCUGGCAGCAUUCGGGGCCAUAGAGAAGGGUGUAUUUGUUUCCGCCUCUGUGGGUAACGAUGGGCCUUCCUAUAUUUCUGCUGUAAACACAGCACCCUGGAUAACUACCGUGGGGGCCAGCAGUAUUGACAGAGAGUUUCUCUCUCUUGUCAAGCUCGGCAAUGGCGAGGUGCUCAGAGGCUCGUCGUUUUACAGAGGACCCGGUACUCAAACUGUACCUCUGGUCUACGAUUACUGUAGCAGUCUGGGUCUCGACCCUCACCUUUUCGCGGGCAAAGUCGUGCUGUGCCCUACCCAUGAGAAUUCGACCGAAACGGCAAGGCUUGUGAAGGAAGCCGGUGCAGCAGGACUGAUAUUUGCCAACAGUGAAUCUGACGGCGCCGAUGAUUUACCCAUGGAGGAAGCUUAUCUGGCGGCUACAAGCGUGAGUUUUUCAACUGGAGAAAAAAUAAAAGCCUACGUUAAUAGCACGGGGGCUCCCACGGCCACCAUAAACCCCACCGGGGUGACAAUGGUAGGAAAGGCAACAGCUCCCAUCGUGGCCUCCUUUUCUUCCAGGGGUCCAAGCUCCUUAUAUUUAGACGUUCUUAAGCCGGAUCUAAUCGCACCAGGUGUCAACAUCUUGGCAGCGUGGAAUGAUGGCGGCUUCAAGAUAGAAUCAGGGACAUCUAUGGCGUGUCCCCACGUGAGCGGCAUAGCAGCACUCAUCCGCGCUGCCCAUCCGACGUGGAGUCCUGCGGCAAUCAAAUCGGCUCUCGUGACGACGGCGUCCAUUGUGGACAACAGAAAGCAGCCCAUCAAAGAUGCCCAAACCUUGCAACCAGCAGACCCGUUUUCCAUGGGCGCAGGUCUCGUAAAUCCAAGGGCUGCCGUGGAUCCUGGGCUAGUGUACGAUUUGGGCCCUCAAGACUAUGUCAACUAUCUGUGUGGUGGUCUCAACAACUACACCGAAAAGCAAAUAGCCCUGCUCACCCACAAAUGGCCUCCCUGCCCCAAAUCUGUAUCAGGUGCAGAUCUUAACUACCCGUCUUUCUCUGUCAUAUUGAAGUAUGGAGAGCGUGUUCAGGUGAAGAGGAGAACGGUUACCAACGCGGCGAGAAUGCUGUGUACAAAGUGCUGGUGAAGAGCAGUCCAAACGUAAAUGUAAGCGUGGACCUAGAUACAUUGUUGUUCAAGAAAGUAGGUGACCAAGCAAGUUUUAAUGUGACAUUCGAGAGCAAAGUGAAUGGGAGCGAAGAGGUGGAGUACGGAGAUAUAUCAUGGAAGUGCAUCCAAGGUGGAACGCACAUCGUUCGGAGCCCAAUCGCGGUUCUCUGGAUUAAGGAUUGAAGUCAAGUUGUCUAUACUGCUAUACUGAUGUAGCCAGCAACGUAUUACUUAGUAAUCGAUGAAGAUAUAAUUCAUGUAUAAAUAAUUACUCCUUG